AUGCAAUACCAAAAGAUUGGCAACACAGAUAUUGAAGUAUCUCGUGUAAUACUUGGUUGUGAGAAUUCUGGUGGUAUUGGUUCGGUUCCUUCAUUGUUGUAUGCAGCUGUUCGUCUUGGUAUAACAACAUUUGAUACGGCUGAUGGCUAUGGAUGUGGUAGAAGUGAAACAUAUAUAGGAAAUUGGCUGAGAAAAUAUGAUGAAAAAGUUAGAAGUAAUAUUGUAUUGAGUUCAAAAACAUAUAAUCCAAUGUUUAUUGGCGAUAGUAAGAGAUUAUCAAAAGAAAGAAUAUCAAAACAAAUUGACGGCACACUAGAGCGUCUUGGAAUAAAACAACUGGAUAUGUAUCUUUCACAUGAAAGGGAUGAUGAAACACCACUGGAAGAAAUACUUAGUUGUUUUAAUGAAUUACAAAAAAGUGGAAAAGUACGUGCGAAUGGUGCAUCAAAUAUUAAUUGUGAACAAUUAGAAAAAAGCAUAUCUAUUUGUGAUGAUCUUGAUUUAAAUGAAAAUACUUUGUGUUUUGAAAGAAUUUCUGGAAAUCUUCCAAAGUGGGUGAAUAUAUUUUACUAUUCUGAAGUUAAAAAUUGUUUUUAG